AUGGAGCCGCCGUCGUCCGCUGUCCGCCCGCCGGACGCGCGCCACGCCGCUGCGUACGAGUCGCGCAUCCAGGACCUCCUUCUGCUUGUCGAGAUGAACAAGAAGGUCGCGGCCGAGGCGCUCAAGUGUAGCUCGGCCACGGCCGAGAAGCUCGAGGACGUCACCAUGUACCACCACGCUCAAGUUGCUGUGUGGCGAGGGCGCAUGGAAGCCUCCUUGCGGCAGCGCCGACAGGCCCGAUGCAAAGCCAGCAUCUUUGCGGCCCUCGUCCAGCAUCAACGACAACACGAGCAUCUGCGCCGCCUCGUCACGCUUCUGCACCGCGAGAGAAUGCGGCAUGCGUGGCACCGGUGGAGCGCGCAGCUGCAAUGCACGUGGUCAGCAGCGCCAUCACAGUGGCCGGUCGCGGUGCAAGCGCUCUUUCUGCGAUGGCGCGAUACGUUCCGCAGUCGGCGGCGUCUUCGGCGGCUCUGGGCGCCAAUUUUGCGACGCUUCUACGAACGGCGGCUCACGCAGGCUUUGGUGCGGUGGCGGCUCCAGGCCAAAGACGAGCAGCUGCAGAUCUGGAUCGAGUGCCUCAAGGGGGCCAAUGUUGCGCUUGAGGAGCAGGCAAAAGCAUACGAAGACGCGUUUGCCGAGACACAAGCCGCACACACCCGCGAGUACGCCAUCGAGCAGCGUCGGUACCGUCGCCUCGACCAAACCAACGAGAUGUGCCUGACGUUUCGGCGGUGGGUCGGUCUCUGUCGCCUUCGGCACCGACGAAGCGACCUCGUCGCGUACCGUUGUCGUCUGCAGCAGCAGCAGCGGCAGCGUCUGGCGCUAGCGCAAUGGCAGCACGUGCAUCAACGCCAGCGCCACGCCCAACAGUUGGUGCACGCGGUCCGUCAAGGCCGACGAUGGCGUCGGCUGUACCACUGCUUUCGCGCGCUCCAGCAAUCGGCCGACCAAGUACGAAGACUGCGGCGUCUCUGGUGGCGACGCCACCGCACGUACUCGCGUCUGGCCUGGCAGCGCUGGCAACACAGCGCGCACGCGCGUGAAAAGUGCUCGUCGUUGCAGGAAAGCCUCGUGGCGGUGCACACGGACCACCGAUUGGCCCUAAAAAGGCUUCAGGACGGGCGCUCGAUCUUGUCGUCGCACAUGGCGACGCUCGUACAGCGCUUCAAAGCAGCGAGGUUGCGCCAGCGAUGCUUUGGUCAAUGGAAGCGGAUUCGGACGCGCCGUCGUCAGCUCCGAAGUCUCUGCGUUGUGUACCAGCGCUCAGUGCAGCUCCAUCUCCAGCAAGCACUCUCCCACUGGCAACGACACAUUAAUGUUGUGCAGUCGACGUCCCGGUGGCUGCUUCGCGAUCGACACUCGCAUGGACGCCGGCGGGUCCACCGGCUAUGGGCGGCGUGGGUACGCCAUACGCAGCGCCACCGCCGGCAAAAGCAACGGCGCUUCCUCGCCGCCAGUGUCUUGUACAUGUGGCGACAGCACACGCGUCUGUGUCAAAAGCAACGACUCGGCGCGCAGCAACUGUUACGUGUUUUCUUGCGCGCCCGCUGUCGACGCCGGUUCCGCCAGUGGCACCAGCAGCACGCCCACCAAAUACACGUUCGUUUGUUUCAACGCAGCCAGCGCCGGCGCCGUCUCGUCGCCCUCUAUCGCGCCUGGCAUCGGUACGCUGUCCGUCGUCGCCGCCUCGAGACGCAUACGUGGCGGCUCUGGAUGCAGAAGCGGGACGCGCGGCGCGACGCCAAGACCAAGCGCCGCUGUUUUCGGCUAUGGCACGUGCGUGUCGAGCAGCAGCACCGAGUCUCGCGGCACGUCGAGCUCUACCAAGUGCAGCGAUACGACCACAACGCCAAGUUCCGCGUGCACGUGCGGUGGAAGCAAUGGUGUCUGCGUCGACGGGCGAUCCGAAAAGCACUCAUGUCUGUGCUGCGGCGGCGGCUCACGCUCAAGCCGCUGCAGCGAGCGCUGGCGCAGUGGCAGCGGUAUCGCUUGAGCAGAGAUGCACAAUUCUCGCUGGUGAGCGGGACCCGGUCCAUCGCUCAGCGGUUUUGGUUCAAGUACCUGGGGGAUGCCCAGAAAAAGCUCUUGCGACUCUGCUUCUGCGGCCUGCGCGCCUACCGAUUGCAGGCCGAGUACCACGACCGUCUCGCGGUGCAAAUGGCUGCUCGGCGUGGACACCGGGGCACGCGACGGCUCUUCCUGCACUGGCAUGCGUGCUACCGACGCGGGUACCACCAACGGCAUUGGCUGCGUCACUGGUAUGCGUCACGCCGGCCACGCAUGGCCAUCCGGGCGGGACUCGAGCGCUGGCGCCAGUGCCUCUGGGACGACCGCGUUCGGAGGCUCCAUCAUGGCGCGAUGCAAAUACAGACCAAGUUGGCGACGCUCCUGUGUGUGCAGCAGAGCCACCAGCACGUUCGCAGCGUGGUGCAAGCGUGGCAUUUCCAUGUGCACCGAGAACGACGCCGACGAGAGUCACUGCGGCGGCUGCUGCAGCGCCGACAGCUGGUGCGAUUGCGGCUCGCGUGGUUUGGUUUGCUCACGAUCCGCCCGAUCACGACUGCGCGCGCCAUGGAUCGCUGGCUCGUUCAGCGCCGGGCGAGGCGCACACGGCAGGAUUGCAUCGGACUAUGGCGGCGAAAGGUCGUGCACCGUCGUCGGGUGAAGCGCCUCCUCUUGCAUCUGGUUAUCGCGCUGGAAGAGCGCGCGGCUCGCUUUGCCUUUGUCCAAUGGCGACGCGUGUCCCACGCCUUCCAAAUCAAGUACCAGCGCUACGUCUUUACGUCUUAUAUUUACACGCGCCUCGCGCGGCAAGCCCGCACCCGUCGUCUCAAGCUCCUCUUCGUCCACUGGGCGACGUACCAUGAUGCGCAUACGCGCGCGCGAGCGAUGCACGAGGCAAGCACGCGGGCGUGGCAAGCGCAGUGGCAACGCCGGGUCUUCCUCACAUGGAGCGACCGGGCGGGCGCGUCGCGCGUUUUACGCAAGCCGCGCUGGCUCGGUGGCUGCGAGCCGUCGGCGCCGCGCGACUGCAGCACAGUUGGCAACAUGAUCCACGCGUGGCGCACCCGCCUUCUCCAAGGCCACCUCUGGGCAUGGAAAGCAGCGACACGCCGGCGCCACCAGUGCCACGCCAACACACAGCGCACGCAGAGUGUCCGCUUCCACUGGUGGCGCCGCCUCGUCCUCGGUCGCGGCUACAUCCGCAAAACCCUCUUUCAGGUCGCGGGUCGCUGGGUGCGCCACCGACUGCGGCUCGGUUUCAACAAUUGGCUCCACUGCCUCCGACGCGCGAUCCACACCGAGUGCCUCCAGCGCGUCAUGGUGAUUCAAGCCAUGCUCGAAGCCAACGAGCGCGAGGCGAUGCGGGAGGCAACGCUGCGCCUCAUGCUGCACCACUGGCGACGAAGUGUUCACGCGCGAAAGUGCGGUCGAAAGCAAGUCUGCGAGCAGCGGCAGCGCCUCGUGGGGACUCUGCUGCGGUACUGGAGGCGCCGCACCCGCAGUCGACGCAUUGCCCGGUGCAAGGCCCUCCGCUACCGACGGCAGUUGUCGGCAUCGGUCGUUGCUACCUGGCAAAGUGCUGUGGCACAGCGUACCGUCGCCCGGGCACGCUUGCGCCGCCUCGAGACGCUGCUAGUGCGCAAGCGCCUCUAUCGCGUGUGGUCGGUAUGGCAGACAGGUCUUCGCGACGCCGUCGGACGCGCUGCCAAGCUGCACAUGCACGCAGAAAGCGAGAAGCGUCGAUCCGACGACGCACUGCGCCAAGCCCGCAUCCUGCAGUACGUCCACGUUGCAUGCUGUGCCCAAGGCUUGCAGCUGCUUGCCAAAAUCGUUGCUGCCUGGAAACAGAAAGCGAUGGCAUCCAAAGAACAUCGGCGCCGAGCCAAGCGCCGAAGCGUGCACCGAUGCUUCCUCGCGUGGGCAUCCACCAUCGCCAUCCAGCGUCGUCAAUGGCUGCAAGCAGCGUGGCGCCGCUGGUGCCGAAGCAUAUGCGCAGCCGCGAUCGAGCGACAGCUCUUCGUGCACAUGGCCGCUCGGCACCACACGCGGCGAAGCGUCGCCAACCUGCGUCGCGUCUGGUCGAGCUGGCGAGACGUCGUGCGAUCUCGCGAGGCCCAGUGCGCGGCGUGCUGGCGUCGCUACGAGCGCCGCCUUGUUGCCCAAAGUUGGCGCUACUGGCGCACCUCGACAACUGCCGCCGCCCAGCAUACGGUCCCGGCGCUGCGGCUUCUUUUUCAGCAGUGGAAACAGUACCAUCGUAUGACGACGCAAUGGACGGCCAAGCAGGUGCUCGCGGCGCGCUAUGCGAGGAUUCUCAUGCACUGGAAAUCGCAGCGGUCGCAUGCGACGACGCUGCGAACGUGCUUGCUCGCGUGGCGCACCGCUGUCUUUGGCCAGAAAGAGCGUCUGCACUGGCGUCCAGACGCGUUGGCGCGCGCCGGCGCUGCGCUCGUGGCAGUUGUUGCGACCUGCUUCGACGCGUACCGGACCCACCGCGUUCUCCAGCGCUGGCGGUCACGUGCGAUCGCUCAAAAAGUCCAGCGCGCGAGUCUGCUGGAUCACAUGACCCGGCGGGCACAUGCCAAGGCUCUUGAAGCAGCGAUGGCAUCCUGGAAGGCGCACCACGAGACAUGGACAGGCGCGGCGCGUGCGUGGACGACACUCGCCUCUGCGCAGGUGGCCCACCAGCAUGCGCUGCUUGGUCUCACGCGCUGGGUGCGGCGGACGAUGCAGCGCCGGCACCUUCUUGUACUGUGUCUGCACGUGUGGCGCGCCAGUCUCUCGCCACGCAUUCAUUCGACCGACGUCGGUACCAACUGCGAUACAUCAACACCGCUACCGCCAACGGCUCUGGCGACGCUCGUAACGCUUGUGGACCGUAUCGCGACGUUCCGACGCCGGCGCGCCAAGGCGGCGUUCUGGAACUGGUAUCUGGUCACGCACGACCACGCGUGCGACGCUGUUGACGUCUGCGUCGAUGUCGGUGCACGCGUCGCCCACAAGCUUUUGUUGCGGACCAGCAGUCACGUCGACCGAAAGAAGCAGCGGGAGUGGCUCAUGCAUUUCUUCACACAGCAGAGCCACGCGAAUUUGUUGCGACGGAGCUUUGAAGGCCUCAAGCGCAGCCACAAGCGCGCCCAAUCGAAGACUUCACCGCAUCGCCUCGACCACCCCGCGCAGCUCGUCCUGUCGCAGUGCCUCCAACUCGUUGGUCAGCUGCACGUGCGUCGGCGCUUCCAGCAAUGGAAAUCAUUGUACAUUGCGCUCGCGCUUGCGGACGCGCAGGAAGAGCACGCAGUUCUUAUGGACGCCCUCCACGACAUUGCAACAUACCGCCACUCGUUACUGCCCUAA